AAACAAAUGUCAUUGACCGAGUUUAUCACACGUAAGGUUUCUAACUGGAUUAUGUGUUAAAAAUCGGUUUUAGUGUUAAUUUCGUUAGUAAUAACAUCAUAAUUAGUCACCAAGAUGUGGUUAGACGAAGCGGACGGCUUUGCCGAAAUUUUUAAGGGAUAUUUACCCUAUUAUCUCUUAGUGGCUUUGCCAAUCUUUAUCAUCAUGUCUCCUGUUAAUCCUGUAGCUGCUUCUCAUGAGUUUUCCGUCUAUAGAAUGCAGCAAUACGACCUACAUACAGUACCCCAUGGAUGCCGCAGUGCUAGUUUCAACUUAGAGGGCAGGUCGCUGACCUCUUGGAGCACAUCUCGGCAUUGUGUAGUGGCUCGGGUGCAAGACAUCACGGUAGAACAGUUCAUGGAGAUCCGGAGUAAAGCCGGGGCAUUGCUCCUAGUUAUGCCGAAGAAUGAUACUGUUUUGACUCCUGAAGAGAGAGAGCAUAUCCAAAUCCUUGAGCUAGCCAUGAUCCAGAACGAGGUCAAUGCCCCUGUGUACUUCGCGCAGUGGACUCCUGAUUUCGAGGACAUCAUCAAAGACUUGCAGCACAGCUUCAUCACUGAUGAUAAGUCAGGCACGGCACUGGAAGCCAUGUACAAUACUGUCUCAUCUAAUGGAUACCAAAUUGUUGUGUCAGCACCUGUACCUCAGAAGUUGGACUCCAAACCGGUCACCUUACACGGGAAGUUGGUCGGACGAGCUGGUUCUCAGACAAUCAUCAUAGCGGCUCAUUAUGACUCUUCUGGUGUAGCCCCUGAUCUGUCCCUCGGCGCGGACUCGAACGCAUCAGGCGCGGUGGCGGUCGUGGAGCUGGCGCGGAUCUUCUCGCGGCUGUACUCGCGGCCCGGCGCCCGGGGCGCGGCCACGCUGCUGUUCGUGCUGACGGCGGCCGGCCACUCGCUCAACUACUUCGCGGCCAAGAAGUGGCUGGAGGAGCAGCUGGACGCCGCUGAUGCUGCUUUAUUGCAGGACGUUUCCUUCGCAAUGUGCCUGGACGCGAUAUCCUCCGCGCCGUCGCUCACGAUGCACGUGUCCAAACCUCCUAAGCCUGGUGGCGCAGCUCACUCCAUUAAGUCCAGGCUCGGAGCACCCCUCAACCAUAAGAAGAUCAACCUUGCUGAUGAGACGCUGGCGUGGCAACAUGAGAGAUUCAGUAUUAGAAGGAUGACUGCGUUCACGCUUAGUUCGCUACAGAGCCAUAGAGAACCGUCUCGCAGCUCGAUCUUAGACACGCCAUCUGUUGGCGGGCUCGCGAACUUAGUACACAACAUCGAAAGCACGGCGAGGGCGCUGGCGUCGCACAUUUACAACCUCACCGAUGAGGUGAACGAUGAGGAUAGCGCGUUGUAUGAUGAUGCAUUGGGAGUGGACGAAGCGUUCGUCAAACAUUGGUACAAAUAUUUGUCAUCACAAUCGAGAGCGCCACAAAUCAUCACCACGACAGCACCCAACGCGGGCGUAACAGGUGCGUUAGAGCGCGCAUUAUCCCGUUAUAUGGAGGUGACGGUGAGCGCGCAUUCCGCCGACAAGCGCGAGCCGGAAUUCACACUCUAUGGAACCACACGGGCCACUCUCUUUGUUUAUAGUGUCAAACCGGCAGUUUUUGACCUCAUACUGACACUGGCCAUUCUAUCCUACCUCACUGUUGUCUACUUCGCCAUCCAAGUGUUUCCCAGAUUUUACGAGGAAUACGCCAGAAUUAUCACGGGGAAAGUCAAAGUGAAUUAGUAGUAAGUAGUUACCAUAGAGUAAGUUCGUUUCUCGUGUAGAGUGCGCGCGGUAUGGGAAUAGUGAGUUUACAUACAUACUUAAAAUCAUGUCUUUUUCCCGGAAGGCUAGGCAGAGACUACAUCUUUCCAUUUGCCACGAUCUCUUCAUACUUGAGGUAUGCUUCAUCCACAUUCAUAACUCUGUUCAUGCAAAGCUCAAAAUUAUAGAUUUUAUGACUCAUCAUAAAAUCUAUAAUUUUUGCUUUUUACCAAACCAAAAAAUGUAUUUAUAUACUUACUGAAAACUUAUAUUAUUAUGUCUCUAAUUUUAUUGUAAUGUCGUUAUUAGAUUCCGUUUACUUUUUUGUAUUUUUUUCGGAUUUCAAUACUUAUUUAUAAUACCUAAUGUAUGUGUUAUUCGCGCACUCUAUAAGUACCAGUUACUCUGUGAGUCCAUCUAAGGUAAUUUUAUAAAAAAAAAAAGAAAAUUAAUUCUUCACAAUUAAAUAAAAUGGAAUGAAAUUGGUGUCGGUUUCAAGGCGAUGGAUUAUUUUCAUGCUAAUAUUAAGUAAGUGCUUAGCCAAAAAAUCAAACUUUUGUUUUUAAUACAUUGACCAAAAAUAUAGCAUACCUCGCCAUAUUGCGGAAUUUAAGCUUGAAAAAGUAUUUUUAAGUAUUGAGCGGACUAUAAAUACUCAAAAAGUUAGCAUAACAUAGUAAUCAGUCUUAUUUAUGGCUGCUUUCAUUACUAAACAGGUUGGUUUAUGUAAGAAAAUAGUGCACUAUUGUCAUGUCUAUUUGGUGUUGCCAUAUAAAACGCAUAACUAGCGCCCUCAUUGACUCUGAGGUCUGCUGUAUAUUUGGUCAAGAUUUAAAAUGUUGAACAACGUGAUUACCAUAUUUUUGUUUCUUAUUGUUUUGAUCCCAUUUUGUCACUUUCAAAUUUAGAAUCGAUAUUUCCCUCUUUUGCGGUUCAUUAAAAUCAUUGUCUAUGUAAGUGACAAUAUAGGGACUAGGUAUAGUGAAGUAGUUGUAAAAAAAUAAAACAAUCGAUUUGAAAAUUCAAAAUAUUAACUUAUUUUUCAAAAAUACAUCAAUUGUAAUCAACUUACUCUAUUUAUUUGUCGAUUACGUAACUUAAUAAAAAAUACUAUCCAUUUUUCGGAAGUAAUACGGUUCGUCAAAGUUUUUAGGAAAAUGUUUUGUUAAUUUUGAAUAUUUAUGUAAGCUAAAAAUAAAUAAAUCGUAAUUUAAUAAUGCAUUUCAAAGAUAAAUUGAUAUUGGACUGAAAUAUUUUAGACAAUGAAAAGCAAUACAAAAACAAAAUUAAUUAAUUUAUUAAAGAAUAAUAUAUUGGAAUUUUAUCUCGUUGCUAAGUAUUAUUUAGUUUAGAUCAUGUGACUGUGUAAUUUUUCAGUACAAUUUUAUUUACCAUUUUUAUUUUAAAGAAAAUGUUUGCAUUUUAAAUUUAAAUACGCAAAAAUAUAAAAACUUUCUUAAUCAAGAUCUAGUUACUUUUAUAUGAAAAAGUCAAUGGAUGACGCUCAUAUAUCUUAUAUCAAAUAUCAUAUAUAUAUAUUUUUUACCCCGUCCCAGCGCUAGUUCCUUGCAAUAAAACAUAUUAUUAUUGUUAAAUACAUAAUAUAAAGUUAUGUAUUUCCAUAAAUAGGUUGAUGUUAUUUUAAAUUAAGUUUCUGGACAAAUCAUGGGGAAGAACAGCAACAACAGUUAAAACUCUUACCUUUGAAAAUUGUUAUACAUACAUACAUACAUAUGGUCACGUCUAUAACCCUUGCGGGGUAGACGGAGCUAACAGUCAAAUUGUUAUACGCGAUCAGAUUUAACAAGAACUCAGUCAGUAAUUAAAUAUUACUUAAUAGCAUUAUAAAAAUAUUCCUUUUAGUCACAACGAUCCCAAGUUAGUCAUUUCCGAAAUAGUUUUUAAGUGUUCAAAUAGUUAUAUGAAAUAUUAUAAAAAUUAUAAAAAUAAUUGUCUAUUUCCUUAGGUAAUAGAUAAUAAAAAAUGUAAACAAUUCUGUAAUUUUCUUUUGUUGAUAAAUAAUUUAAAAAUAAGUUUAUAACCAUUUCAAGAAAAACAAAAUAAGAAACAAGAUGUCAUAAUGAAUUAAUUCCCUUUACAAUUAGCAAUAAUUUAUUUACAAAAAAUAUAUAUUUUUCAACAUUUGUUUACAUAUAUUUCUGUUACAUAUAUUACCUAAAGAAAUGGACUUCAGUUGAAAACUUGAUGGCUUUGUUUUAUGGCUGUAUGUUUCAAACUGUGACACAUUUUAAUUGUCUAUGAAUUCAAAUUAGUAUAGUACAAUAUCCGUGUUAAAUGUGUUGACUCCAAUGUGCAUUCGUCCAUACUGAAAAAUAGUAUUUUUUUAGUCUAAUGCGUUUAAUUUAGCGCCUAAUAAUGAGUGUUACAAAAUCAUAAAAAAACAGUAACAUUAAAGAUUAUAUUGAUUGAUCGAUGACCACCAUAUUGAUUUAUCGAUGAAACACUCAUUUGGUCAAUAGUAUAGACGAUUGCAUAUUCGGUAAUACGUACAUAUUUUUACAUUUACCAUGCUUGUUUUUUGUUCGUUGAGCCUCAGUGGAAUAGAUUAAGACGAAAGAUUUGUAAAAUUCCAAAUUGUUUCUAUUUAAGUAAGUUAUCAUUGGUGAGUGGAUUGGAAUGUGGCUAUAGAUUUGUUGCAAAUUUCCCUAAGAACCUUAUGGAAAUAAUCACCAGAUUUUAAACAAAUGAAUAAAAAAUAAACUGUCAAAAUAAAAUCAGCUGUUUCAUAAGUUUUGUGUGGCGGCCUUUUAAAUGAAGCAGCUGGUAUUAAUUUCGAUGUUGGUCCCACAAUAGGAGGUAUUCAGUUUGAUGUGACAUUGGAAAUAAAUAAUUUUAUCUAUAACAAAUAGAUAAUAGCACGCAGACAGUCUUAAAGCGUUUCUAGAAUAAGUUAUGGAAAAUAACAUAUUUCUAAUUUAUUUUUCCAAUUUCUAAUAUGUCAAGUCAAAGUGCUUAGUUAUCUGUGUUAUUAUUUUAUGUUGAUUCAGAACAAAGUAGAAUCGAAAAUGGUUGUUAAGUGAAAAUGGUGAACUUUGCAUGGAAUUGAUAAUUAAAACCUUUGUUUUAAAA